GGGGUGCCGCCGCCACCUAGUGAGCUGUGCGUCCGCUGAGGCGCCGUCGCCGCCGCUGCCGCGCUGUCGUCUCGGCGCCCCCGCCCGUCCUCCGACCGCGCCGCCCCCGGAGCCGGCCAGCUGGGCCCGGAGCCAGGGCCGCGUCCCCACCAUGCCGGCCCGGCGGUUGCUGCUGUUCCUGGCGCUGCUGCUGCCCAGCUCUGGGAUAUUUGGAAGUUCCAGCACAGUGACACUUCCUGAAACCUUGUUGUUUGUAUCGACCCUGGAUGGAAGUUUGCAUGCUGUCAGCAAGAGGACAGGCUCAAUCAAGUGGACUUUAAAGGAAGAUCCAGUCCUGCAGGUCCCAACACAUGUGGAAGAGCCUGCAUUCCUCCCAGAUCCUAAUGAUGGCAGCCUGUAUACACUUGGAGGCAAGAAUAAUGAAGGCCUGACAAAACUUCCCUUUACAAUCCCGGAGUUGGUACAGGCAUCCCCGUGCCGAAGUUCCGACGGCAUCCUUUACAUGGGUAAAAAGCAGGACAUCUGGUACGUCAUCGAUCUCCUGACCGGGGAAAAGCAGCAGACUUUGUCAUCGGCCUUUGCAGACAGUCUCUGUCCAUCAACUUCACUUCUGUAUCUUGGGCGAACAGAAUAUACCAUCACCAUGUAUGACACCAAAACCAGAGAGCUCCGGUGGAACGCCACCUACUUUGACUACGCAGCCUCACUUCCUGAAGAUGACAUGGACUACAAGAUGUCCCACUUUGUGUCCAAUGGCGAUGGGCUCGUGGUGACCGUCGACAGUGAAUCUGGAGACGUCCUGUGGAUCCAAAACUAUGGCUCCCCUGUGGUGGCCUUCUAUGUGUGGCAGCGGGAGGGUCUGCGGAAGGUGAUGCACAUCAACGUGGCCGUGGAGACCCUGCGCUACCUGACCUUCAUGUCUGGGGAGGUGGGGCGCAUCACCAAGUGGAAGUACCCGUUCCCCAAGGAGACGGAGGCCAAGAGCAAGCUGACGCCCACUCUGUAUGUUGGGAAAUACUCAACCAGCCUCUACGCCUCCCCGUCAAUGGUACAUGAAGGGGUUGCUGUCGUGCCCCGAGGCAGCACUCUUCCUUUGCUGGAAGGCCCCCAGACCGAUGGUGUCACCAUAGGGGACAAAGGGGAGUGUGUGAUCACGCCCAGCACGGACCUCAAGUUUGACCCCGGACUCAAAGGGAAAAACAAACUUAACUACUUGAGGAAUUACUGGCUUCUGAUAGGACACCAUGAAACCCCACUGUCUGCCUCUACCAAGAUGCUGGAGAGAUUCCCCAACAAUCUGCCCAAACAUCGGGAAAAUGUGAUUCCUGCUGAUUCUGAGAAAAAGAGCUUUGAGGAAGUUAUCAACAUGGUUGACCAGACUUCAGAGAACACACCGACCACCGUGUCUCCAGACGUGGAAGAGAAACUGGCUCGUGCCCCUGCCAAGGCCGAGGCCCCUGUGGACUCCAUGCUCAAGGACAUGGCCACCAUCAUCCUGAGCACCUUUCUACUGAUCGGCUGGGUGGCCUUCAUCAUCACAUACCCCCUGAACAUGCAUCAGCAGCAGCAGCUCCAGCACCAGCAGUUCCAGAAGGAGCUGGAGAAGAUCCAGCUCCUGCAGCAGCAGCAGCUGCCCUUCCCCCCACCCGGAGACGUGACGCAGGACGCUGACCUCCUGGACGCCUGCAGCCCAUACUCGGAGAGCUCGGGCACCAGCAGCCCCAGCACGUCCCCCAGGGCCUCCAACCACUCACUGCACUCCAGCGGCUCUGCCUCCAGGGCUGGGGCCAGCCUCUCCCUGGAGCCGGAUGAUGAGGAUGAGGAAGCCAGCAUGGUGAUGGUUGGGAAGAUUUCAUUCUGUCCUAAAGACGUCCUGGGCCACGGAGCUGAGGGCACAAUUGUGUACCGGGGCAUGUUUGACAACCGCAACGUGGCCGUGAAGAGGAUCCUCCCUGAGUGUUUCAGCUUCGCCGACCGUGAGGUGCAGCUGCUGCGAGAAUCAGACGAGCAUCCGAACGUGAUCCGCUACUUCUGCACGGAGAGGGACCGGCAGUUCCAGUACAUCGCCAUCGAGCUGUGCGCGGCCACCCUGCAGGAGUAUGUGGAGCAGAAGGACUUCUUCCACCUUGGCCUGGAGCCCAUCACCUUGCUGCAGCAGACCACCUCGGGCCUGGCGCACCUCCACUCGCUCAACAUUGUUCACAGAGACCUGAAACCCCACAACAUUCUCCUCUCCAUGCCCAAUGCACAUGGCAAGAUUAAGGCUAUGAUCUCUGACUUCGGCCUCUGUAAGAAGCUGGCAGUGGGCAGGCACAGCUUCAGCCGCCGUUCUGGGGUGCCCGGCACAGAGGGCUGGAUCGCCCCGGAGAUGCUGAGUGAAGACUGCAAGGAGAACCCUACCUACACAGUGGACAUCUUCUCUGCGGGCUGCGUCUUUUACUACGUCAUCUCUGAGGGCAGUCACCCGUUUGGCAAGUCCCUGCAGCGGCAGGCCAACAUCCUCCUGGGUGCCUACAGCCUUGACUGCUUCCACCCAGAGAAGCACGAGGAUGUCGUUGCCCGGGAGCUGAUAGAGAAGAUGAUCGCCAUGGACCCUCAGAAGCGCCCCUCGGCGAAGCACGUGCUCAAACACCCGUUCUUCUGGAGCCUGGAGAAGCAGCUCCAGUUCUUUCAGGAUGUGAGUGACCGGAUAGAAAAGGAGUCCCUGGACGGCCCGAUAGUGAGGCAGCUGGAGCGAGGCGGGAGAGCUGUGGUGAAGAUGGACUGGCGGGAGAACAUCACCGUCCCGCUGCAGACAGAUCUGCGUAAAUUCAGAACCUAUAAAGGUGGCUCCAUCAGAGACCUCCUCCGAGCCAUGAGAAACAAGAAGCACCACUACCGGGAGCUCCCGCCGGAGGUGCGCGAGACGCUGGGCUCCCUCCCCGACGACUUCGUGCGCUACUUCACGUCCCGCUUCCCCCACCUCCUCUCACACACUUACCGGGCCAUGGAGCUCUGCAGCCAGGAGAGACUCUUCCAGCCCUACUACUCCCAUGAGCCCCCGGAGCUCCGGCCCCCAGUGACUCCGGACGCCCUCUGAGCCGGGCCGCCCCUCCGUUUGGUGGCUGCAGUCAUGACUCCACAGUCCAGGGCUGGGCACCUCCCAGCUUCGCAGGGAACCCAGGCUUCCCAAACAAGUGCCUUGAGCUGCCCACUCCGCGGUCACAGAGGGUAAGGCCGGCCCCAGGAGAGGGGCCGCCGGGGGCUGUCUGCACAGGAAGGCCGUCCCAGAGGCCGGAAGGAGCACCGCCCGCCUUCCGCUGGAGAAACUCGCUUCGACUUUCUUUUUAAAAUCCCUGUUCGCUAUCAGUCUGGGCCUUUCAGGAGGGGCCGGAAAGGGGCCUCAGUUCUGCCUGGGGCCAGGAGCAGCUGGGCUGAGCUCUGUCUGUCCAUCCGCCGGCCCAGGGCUGAGCUCUGUCCGUCAGUCCGCCGGCGAAGGGCUGAGCUCUGUCCGUCCGUCCGCCAGCCCAGGGCUGGAGCAGUGCGCGGCCGAGGCAGAGGUUCAGAAGGUGCCACCUGGGGACAGGGGUGCCAUCACCCAUCUGAGGGCUUCCUCAGAGGCGGUGAGCAUGGCCCGCGAGCGUGCCGUCUGGGUGCUGGUGGUGAGGCCCGUGUGCAGGUCUCUCGGAGACCUAGGGGCUGCUAUGUCAGGAGGCAAACUGAGUGGAUUGUGUCCUGGGCCGGUAGGCACAUUCAGCAGCACUUGGAGCAAGAGUGAAGAGUCCCUGGCCUGCAGAGAGGGUCCCUGAGAUUCACCAAGACCUGUGGGGAGUGGCGGGGUGGAGCCCCUGGGUGGGCAGGGAGGUCCCUGUCCCUGAGCCCUGGUGUCAGGGCCCUGGCAGGGAACCCCCAGGCCCUGUGGGCAGCUUGUCUGUUCCUCUUGGCGAGUGGUAGUAAUUACUUUGAUCAGACUGUAGAAUGCUUCGUUAGCUUAAGUAACCUAGACCUGAAGCUUACUCAGAAGAAAUGCGGGAUGUAGCACAUCCUGUUAGCGUGGCACCACAGUCGCCGUCCCCUCGGGAAGGCGCGCUCUCGUUCAGCGCGUUCUGCAGCGCCGGCCGGAGACGCACGUUCAGGCAGGUGUGUUCACGUCAAGUAGUGCUCUCUGAAUUGUGCCAGUGCCGUGUGAUGUUUUUUCCUAAGAUUAAUAUAAUUUGAAGCGUCCGCUUCAGCCAGAAAUUCCUGUUCCUCUCCCAGGAGCCUUAGUGGGGAGGCAGUCAGGGACCGUGCGAGGCAGCGCUGUCCUUCCUCAGCCCUCGCGGCGCAUCCUGAGAACCAAGACUCGGCCCGCGUGCGCGGGGCUCCUGCCCUGCCUGCUCUCGGAGACGGCGCUGUGCCUUCCAGGAGCCGCUGCUUGCGCGUCCGUCCGUGCCGGGGCUCACCGGGAGCUCUUGCCCUGCCUUUGCGGGGCUCUCCUUUCCUCUCGCAGUGGCUGACGGGCCGUGAGCCUACACCUUCAAACCUCAAGGGCGACUGUGCUGACCUUGAAACAGCCCUGUGCUUGCCUCCUACCCUGUGUCUCCCGGGAGCACGGCCGGCCCGGCUUUCCUUCGGCGCUGAUGCGCGUGCCUGGGGCCCGCCGUGGGCGCUGCUCUGCUCUGUCUGCCCGGGGCCCGGGUGACAGCUCUUUGCGAGGCGCCCGCAGAACUGGCCAGGCCUGCCGCGGAGCCCGCCGCCGUCCUGUGCUCGGCGCUGUUUGCCCUCUGGGAAGUAUGAGGCGAUUCCCAGCGUCUGAUCUGCCGCCACACCCCUGUCUGAGCCUUGUGCUUCGAGACGGAUCUUUCAGUUGCCUUCCUGCUGAUCAUUCUAGUUCCUACCCCCACCCCCACCCCCGCUUUCUUCGGUGUGUUUCGCUGGAGCACAGAAGUGUGUUGAGCUAGGCAGGACGCGGCUGCCGGCGCUGCAGAGAACCCAGGUGGGGCGGGCAGAGCAGGCGUCUGGGAUUUGCACCCUUCUGCGCUCCGUCACUCGGUGCUGCAGGUGGCACUGCUGACGAGGCCUUGGCUGGGCGCCGUGUGCUGUCUGCAGUUCUAGUCUUAAGGACUCUGCGCAGCCGGCGGGCGCUGCCCCUCAGGCCAGAGCGGCUCUGCAGUGUCCACCUUGUGCUGCGGCCGAGCUGUUUGGCCUUUAGUGCAACCAGUGGGACUUCUGUAAUUCUGGAAAGCUGUGUGACUUUAAAAUGAAAUUGAGUCACAUCUGUUAGGAACCCAGAGGACUCUAUACUGUAUUUAGGCCUUGCCCGAACCUUGUGUUGGACCCGUCUUUGGCACACACACCCAAAUGUACCUUGUCACCACUUUGCUCUUUUUGUUUUUGAAGAGCUGCAAAGCAUUUGCAUCUGGGGGAGCACAGGUGUGGCUGGGUAAGUCCCUCGGCCGCCAGAGGCUGUCAUGGGCAGUCCCCCGUGCCGCGGCAGCAGGGGUCAGCUGGCUGCUGACGGAGCCCUCACGGCUGUAGGCCUUGCUCCGUGUGGCUGCUGUCAUUUCGGAAGUUGAACUUCAGCCAAGUUGGUUUUCCUGAGACCGUCCCAUGCUCUGUUCCUGGCAUCCCCUUUGUCUUCCCUGUUCGUUGGCUCCCAGCCUUGGGGUUCCCUUAGAGGGCGGGCCAGCUCCACCUGCAGCCUCUGUCCUCGGAGAGCUGGGGGAGCGCGCGCCCCUGGAAGGAGCCCUUUUACUUUCCCCUGCAGCGGUCUCCCGCCGUGCUGUUUGCCUUUCUUCCCAGCUGCUGUUUCCCUCACACCCUGUCCCUGCCCGCCUGGGCUCUCCCAGGAAGAUUUACCAGGUGUCCCCUCAGGGCCGCCCGAAUCCGCCCUCAAGGACUGGGCCGUUCUCCUUUAAACCAAAGUAUCUGUUCUCGUGCAAGACUUUGCUUUCUUCAUGAAACAGUAGCUCUGGCCGUGACGGGCGCCCGCAGCGAGCCUCCCCGGAGCAGCCGUGCCUGCGGCCGCUCUGCUCCGCGUUGUGUUGGGGAUGCAGUGUUCCUCUUCAGGAGAAGCUGUGCCGGGGCUUCCCGCCUACCUAAGCAUUACUGUCAGCUGCGUGGCGUCGGCAGGUGCAGACCUUGUGUAGUGUUCUUUUUGCAAUGACCUCUAUUUAUUUAACCUAUUUAUAUGUAUUUAAUUUUUACUCUGAAGUGUAUCCAGUUACAAUUGCACUUGCUCAAAGCAUAUCAGAAUUGUUUUGGACAACACCCCUAACCAUGUUAGAACUGGAAAAGUUACCCUGUACCCUUCCCUGAGAUGGAUGCCUUACAGCAAGUGGUCUUGUCCUUUAAAGGGUGAGUAAUUUGGUCGGGGUAAACUGUUAAUUUUUAGAUUUUUUAGAAAUCUCUGUGCCGUGUGUCUUCUCGGGUUAAUUGUUGAAUUGGUAUAUGUUAGUUGUGUGAUACAAUCCUUUUUGUCGAACCUAAAAUCCUUUUUAGCUUUAUAUUUUAUAAACUGCCAGAUUGUACACCUUCUACGUGUAUUUUUAAAGCUUGAUGAUGUGAGGGUCAUUAUCAGAGUUAAUGGCCUAUUUUUGUACCUCCUGUACAGUUUUAUAAUUCUGCUGAUUGAUCAUGGCACCUUCUGAGCCAAUCACAAAUAAAGUAGUUUUAGAUUUGGGA